UCUGCAGGCUCCUGCCCCAGCGCCUGUGAGUGUAAUUCAGGGGAGGAAUCUGAGGGAAAGGAUGGAAAGGCUGAGAAAGAAGCCGACCCAGAGCCACACUCCUCAGUUCUAAGCCACAGGCCCCUGCUCAGGACCUGGCAGCAUCAACCCAAGAAGAUCACAGAGGAAGAUGAGGAGGAGGAGGAGGACAACGCUUCAGGGGAAGCUGAGGGACGGGAGGGAGAAGCUGAGGGUCCCUCGUCCAUUCCCCCAACAAGUACCUUCUUGAGGGCCUGGGUGUACCGGCCAGGAGAGGACACAGAGGAGGAAGAUGAAGACAGUGAUUCAGGAGCAUCUGAGGAGGAGGGAGAAGCUGAGGGUCCCUCUUCCAUUCCUCCCACAAGUACCUUCUUGAGGCCCUGGGUGUACCAGCCAGGAGAGGACACAGAGAAGGAGUAUGAGGAGAAUGAGGAUGAGAAAGAUGAUUCCGAGACAGCUGGCUCAGGCCCAAGUUCUUCCCUUCAGGCCCAGAGUGCCCUCCUCAGGAACUGGACAUACCCACCUGGAAAGGAGACAGAGGGAGUAGAAGCUACUGAGGAAUGGGGAGAAGCUGAGCCCUUCCGAGUGGCCAUCUAUCUACCAGGAGAGAAGCCACCACCUUCCUGGCCUCUUCCUUGGCUGCCCCUCCGACUGCAAAGGCGGCUCAAGUCUACAGGAACCCCCACCCAGCUUCCGGACCCCGAGACUCCCCAAAAGGCCAGAAAGGUGCACUUCUCUGAGGUCUAUUUCCUUAAUUUUUAA